AUGCGUGGGCGAAAUGAUGCAAUAUUAAAAUUUCCCUUCAAUUAUAAAGUUACAUUUUGUUUGUAUGAUCAAACUCCUAACCAAAGACAUAUUAUCGAUUCUUUUCGGCCAGAUAUUCGAUCAAGUAGUUUCCAGAGACCACGAUCAGAAAUGAAUAUUGCUAGUGGUAUACCUAAAUUCUUUCCAUUGUCAAUGAUUCAACAAGAAGGUAAUCCAUAUGUUCGAGAUGAUACAAUGUUUAUUAAAGUCAUGAUUGAUUUUGGCGGCAUGCCGAAAACAUUAUUGCCAUAUGCAUUGAGUCUCAAUCCUGGAUUACCAACAAAUGUUCAACAAUACAUAAUCAAACAAGAAAUAGAAAGAAGGGCUCAACCGCAAACUUUAGAGCAACACUUAACAACAAACCAAUAA